GUCAUCUGUGCCGAUGGAGCAGGGGUGUACGCUCCUUUUAGCGGCCAGCUCUCUGGCCCCAUCCGAUUCUUCCACCAGAAUAAUGCCAUCAAUGACGGAGUCCAAAUCUCAGGAUCAGGCUACUGUGUGAAGCUCGUCUGCAUUCAUCCCACCCGAUACCACGGCCAAAUCCAGAGAGGGCAAUACCUCGGGAAAAUGCUGCCAAUGCAGAAGGUGUUUCCUGGCAUUAUCUCCCACAUCCACGUUGAGAACUGCGACCACUCUGAUCCUACUCAUCUUCUUGGGCCUGCUAUUCUACCGCUCCCACAACAACAAGACACACGCUGGGCAAUACUGUGUUCCGGGAAUCCUACUAAUGAGAUAAGAGGCUGUGAUAGAUAUGGCUGCGGAUACUACGGAGCUCCAAGACGCAGUGGUAAGGGCAAGCACUCAGGUGUGGAUGUCAUCUGUGCCGAUGGAGCAACCGUGUACGCGCCCUUCUCUGGCCAGCUCUCUGGACCCAUUAAAUUCUUCCACAACGGAAAUGCCAUUGAUGAUGGAGUCCAGAUCAGGGGAGCAGGCUUCUGCGUAAAACUAAUCUGCAUCCACCCCAUCAGAUACAGCGGUACAAUUACUAAGGGACAAGUCCUUGGGAGAAUGUUGCCAAUGCAGAGAGUAUUCCCUGGGAUCACAUCUCAUAUUCACGUCGAGAACUGCGAUCACUCAGAUCCUACCGGCAAUCUGGAAAAGGGGAAAUGGCAACAAAGAGAGUGA